CAUUAGGUUAGAUUGAACUCCAGUUUGUAGGUCUGUCAUGAGUGUCUGUCAAAGUAUUUAGCUAACGUUAGCCGAGCACUUUCUGGAAAAAAUACACCAGGAAGGACGUUAGUUUCUCCGCUAAAGAGAUUUAACAGCUCUCUAUCUUAUACGGUGAGUAAUAUUUUACUGCUGUCGGACGUACAGGUGCUGAAAAUAGAGCGAUAGUCAAGUUGUUAGCAACGCAGAAGGCAGCAUUAUAAGCUAACGUUAAAGGUAAGACAAAUGAGUGAAGGAAAUCAGGUGAGGCGGUGUCACUGCUGGAUAAAAACUCUAACUUUAAGCUCUAGUUUGGCAGUGUAAAGUAUUUAGUCAGGUUUUACCGUCCACUUUUGACUGGCUAACCUCAAGUAGCUCUGUAAUGUUUGCUAACGUAAUGUUGGCACAACAUCUUCUUACUGUAUCAAAUGACACUAGACACUUUAGGUCUAAAGCGAUUAAGUUUGAGUAAAGAUUGUUACUUGAAUUUAAAAAAAGUUGUAGACUCAUAGCAGGUUACAUCAGCCACGAAAUACUUUUUGAACACCGAUUAGCAUACUCCACGAACCAGCCAAGUUAGCACCAAGCUAAGCUAUCACAAACAUCCACCCAUGUCAGAUUAUUGAAGACAUUUACCUGCCCCACCUUCAUAACUCUGUCUGCCCUGUUCGUCACAACACUCUAAAGACAGCUGUCACGUUUCGAUCAUGUCCUCCAGCGAUACUGUCAACUUCAUAACAUGUAGCAGUCAACAUUAGCAGUAACUUUUAUGUUUGUUUGCCUGUGUUUUCGUGUUUAAAGCAAAUCUGAAGUGUCAUCUUUCUGUCACAGCAGCGGAUGGCCCGGACAGCAGCUGUCGUUGGACCGACAUAAAAAAAGAGGGACACGUUUCUGAACCUCUUCAUGAGUAAUGAACCUUAACCCCUUCUGGAGCAUGUCUACGAAUCCAAGUCGUAAGGUACAAUAAAAUGCAGCAACAACAGAAUAGUCAAAUUAACUUAUCUUUGGAUACAUGUGUGAUAAACAGCACCAAGCUUUUAUCACACUCCCUUAGAAAAUUCGCAUUAAAUGUAUUUACAAUCAUAAAUUAUACUCGAUUGUGCAUCAAAUUGAUCACAUGUUUGAGUCAACAAUAUUGGAGUACAUUUAAAGACUUUUAAAGAUCUUACAACAUGAGGUGGAAACUAGCUCUGAGGUCUGCAAGUUUCCACAUCAUGCUGUAAGAUCUUUAAAAGUCUUUUAAAAGUACUCUAAUAUUGUUGACUCAAACAUGCGAUCAGUUUGAUGCACAAUUGAAGUGUAAUUUAUAAUUAAAUACAAUAAAUGUGAAUUUUCUAAGGGAGUUUGAUACAAGUAUAGUGUUGUUUAUCACUCUGAGGUCUGUAACACUGUGUAAAUGUUAAGAUUGUCUGUACUCAGCCUUUUCAACUAGUUUAUGAUUUUUAGACAGUGUUUUGAUAAGUUCAAACAUUUGCUGUUAUUUGAGUUAAUUACUUUUCUCUUUAAGAGUGUAUUGGUUUCGGGAACCCACAGCCUUUAAUCAGAAGUCUUCAGUCAUAUACUCUGUCUCAUUUCUAUUAAUUUCCGGAGGAAUCUCAGUCCUUGAAUUGUGAGAGAUCAAGUUGGGGGUGUGGUCUUUUUUCCCUUUGGAAGAGAACUUUAUCUUUUGAAACUGGCUAUUUUCUUGAGGAAUCUUGUUUGUGCUGGAAGUGACUUAGCCUAGCUUAUGUCAAUUGUUAGAUGUUGUUGACAAGUACUUGUCUUAAUUUAUGUAAACAAAAAGGAGAGGGGGUAGAUGUGGCAUGGUGGUGUAACCCUGGUGAGAGAGGGUGGAGAUGAUGUACCUUGAGUAUGGGUGUGAGUACAUUUUUUUUGCCAUGCCCAGUCAGAAGAGCAUUCCAAAAAGAUUUUGAAGUCCGGUCAGUUAUAUAAAUGUGAAUGUUAGAUCUGUUGCAUAAGUGCACAUUUUGCUGUCAGCAUUUUUGGCAUACUUGGAAGUAUACAAAGGAAACAUCAGUCAAGGCCUCCUAAUGCAUUUCCAAUAUCCUGCAGCUCAAGGCUCAGUGUGCACAAUGACCAUGUAGGAAAAACUACUCCAGAUAUUCUGAACAACACCAGUAAUUAAUGAUGGUCACUGUACAUGUGCUUAUGUAGACACUGCUACUUAAUAAGCAGCAGACCAGAUGGAAACCUAAUAGGUUUGUCACUGCUCCUGGCUGCUGUUCCCAGGCUUUCGGUCUGAUUUGAGUGUACAGAGUGGCUCAUAAACUGUAACCUUUUCUUAUCGUGUUACUUCUUCUUUCUAAGGCAUGCUUAAUGUUUACUUUUACACACAACUAGAUUUGUUUCAUCUAAUGUAUUUCUUUUUUUUAAAUUUAUUUCUCGUGCAAAAAAAAAAACAGCAAAGAUCUGACAACGAGGAACAGAGCGGGCACGUGGAGCAGAGAGCCAGCCCAGCCCGGCUUUCCUUUGGCAAAAAACAGCUUCCCCCUAUUCCCAAGAAUGCUGCACCGAUAACCAAACCUGUACCAGUUGGCACUCCAGCCCAGUCGGCCAAUGGCACACAUGCCUCCUAUGGCCCCUUUUACUUGGAGUACUCUCUGCUGGCUGAGUUGUAAGUAUUCAUCCGGAUUAAACUUGGAUUACUUUUCAGAAUUUGUCAACAGAAUAAAAAUUCCAUGGGUUAUAAUUUCUCUUUCAUUUAUCUCACUUUUUGCCCUGUGACUGCAGCACACUGGUCAUUAAGCAGAAGCUCCCUGGAAUAUAUGUCCAGCCAUCCUACAAAUCGGCGCUAAGUAAGGACACUCAUUUUGAAGAUCAAGCAUGUCUAACACAUGCACCGAAUAAAACAGCUUAUGCUUUCGUUUUGAAUGAUCAACAUCUAAUUUGCAAAAUAAUAGCUGAACUGUCCAUGCACAAUGCUUUGUUAAGCAAGAAUUAAUAAAUGUCUUUUGUUUGUCGCUGUCCAGUGUGGUUUGGGGUCAUAUUCAUCAGACAUGGCUUGUACCAGGAUGGGGUCUUCAAAUUCACUGUGUAUAUUCCAGACAACUAUCCAGAUGGAGAAUGUCCUGUACGUAUUGUAGACUUUAUCAGACAAUUUUCAAAAAGCUUUGUCAUCCAGUCUUUUAUGUUUCUGGGUAUUAUCAGGGUUCAUGAGUUCACGAUCAAAACAAAAGUUAGCAAGGGUUCAUAGUAUAAGAUUCAUGUCUUUUAAACUGCUCAGACUGCUUCCAUAAAUGUAUAAAUAGUCAUUUGACAGCUUUCAAACUGCAGGUUUAUCUAUUGUUAAGUUAACUUAGGACAAAGUAACACUCCUUAGAGCCAUAAGUUGAUGCAUGUACUGUUGUUUCAAAGUAUGGAAAUGUUUCUGUGGUCUCUUUUCAGAAAUUAGUAUUUGACAUCCCAGUCUUCCAUCCUCUUGUUGACCCUGUGUCCGGAGAGCUUGAUGUCAGAAGAGCUUUCACCAAAUGGAGGUAUAUGUCCUAUUUUUAUGCUCACACUUCAAUACCCCUAUUCUCUCAUUGUGUUACUUAUUUUUCAAAUACAAAUAUUUCUGUAAAACUGAAUUUAGUAGUCUGUCAAAGGAAAGUGCUUUGUAGUGUUUGACUAACAGUAUGUGGAAAAGGUGACUGAUUUUUAGUGACCAGUGAGUAUAUCCUCCCUUCCAACAAAGUUAUAACUGAAACUGCAAAUCUUUAAACCCACUGUUUAAUUUCACACCAUUGCUGUCUCUCCUAAAAAAAAAAAAAGUUAACCUUCUAGUGAUGGCAUUUCUCACAAAUGGGUUUAAAGGUGAUGUGAACCACUUAUUUUGUCUUCCUGUAGACGGAACCACAACCACAUCUGGCAAGUCUUGAUGUAUGCACGAACAAUUUUCUACAAGAUUAAUACCACAGAACCCCUCAAUCCAGAGGCUGCGGUGCUGUGAGUGUCUUGGUAUCCCUUUAGCUGGUCUUAUACUUAAGUGAUAUCUGUGAUAUUAACAAGCCAUUCAUGUAUUAUUUUUUUCCUAAAUAGAGUCCAGGAUUUACUUUACCCUGGGUUUACAUACCAGAAACAAGAAGGCUUUAGUUUUCUUUGCUAUUUAGUAUUAUUUGUUUGUCUGUUUUUUUACAAAUGUACACAACUGGACCUUGAACAAGCUUUAGACCGAAGCUCUCGUCCAGUGCCAUGACUUUCAGGACUCAAGCCAUAACAUAAUGUUUUUUACUUUCAGAUAUGAAAAAGAUGUACAUCUGUUCAAAAGCAAAGUGGUGGAUAGUGUAAAACUAUGCAACAGUCAUCUUUUUGACCAGCCCAAAAUAGAUGACCCCUACGCAAUAAGGUUGGUAAACUUGCCACUAGUUAAGCAACCCUCUACCUGUACCACCACACAGACACUUACCGUACUAUAUUUCAUAUUGCACUACUCUGCUGGAGGAGCGCUUUGAUAUCUCACUUUGCCACUCUUCUAUAUUCAAUAGCUUUUCUCCUUGGAACCCAGCUGUUCAUGAAGAGGCGAAAGAGCGAAUGUUCACAUACAAAGUAAGUGCAAAGAAAAAUGAUUUAUGGGAGUUUAGCAUUUACUUUUACAUCUUCACAAAUCAUAUGAGCAGCUGAGUGCAGACCUACCCAGUUCUUUCUGAGAACUUAAACUGCAAAGUUAGGUUUAGCAAUAGUGGGGCCUAUCGGCUAUCUGUGCCUGUUGUGUAACUGUUAAUUUGCUUGUGUUGCUCAAGAGACGUCCUGAGGAUCACCACAAGGGAACACAGGUGUCAGGGUUGUCUUGGGUGAAGCCCGGAUCGACACAACCCUUCAGCAAAGACGACAGCUCUCCCCAGAGCUGAGGAUGCAGUGUCCGAGAAGCAACCACUAGAGGGAUCCACAUGCAUCAAAUGCCAUGCCAUUGGCUUACCUCCGCUGUUUAUGGGAACUGGGUCCUUAGAACAGUUUGGAGAACUUGAUAUUAAUUCUCUGUUAUUGCUCAGCUUUAAAGCUUUGUAGCUAUCUCCUCAAACAGCUUUAGAAUAAGGAAACAAAGUUUGUAUCAUAUGUAAACCAGUGACGACAAAUGGAUGUCCCAGCAACAUCAUCAGGCUGUGAUGCAGUGCAAAGAGCUUUCUCAUUUAGCUAUCAGAUCCAUACACAUGUUGGGCGAGGUCAUAUACCAUGCUGUCCAUAAAGAAGCUAGAAAGUGUGAGAUUAGCAAUUUGCCAAUACAUGGUGAGUACAGUGGACAAAAUGUACUGCUUUGUGAAAUUGGCUCAGGACUGUUCAUUUGUUAGACCUGGAAUGUUUUCGUCAAAGCUGUGUGAGCAAAACAUCCAAAUCAAUCCCUAUCACACAAUCCAAUUUUAAAGAUAUGCUUUAUAUUUGUCAUUGGACAAUGAUUUCAUUUUAGUUCCACUGUGUAAACUGUUGUCUUACAUAGUCCCUAAUAUAUAAGUAUAUAGGAGUGGGAAGGUAUGGAUUUUAAUGAGAUGCUAAAUUAGUAAGCUCAUGUAUUUUAUUUUUUCUGAUUUUAAAUAAUUUUGAAUGUUUUAUGUAUCAUUUGUUAUUAAAGAUUUGGCGUGUAAAUAACUGAUACUGUGCUCAGCUUUGACUUUAAGAGAAGAGUCUGCAUCACCGCUUGGGUCCUCUAAGUGAAUGGCUUGGUUUUAGCUUUCUUUGCAAGUGUUACUUAAGUUUCCUUAUAGUUUUUUUUUUUUUUCUUUUUUUUAAGUCAAAGAAGUUACUGCAGGAACACUACAUAGGUCUGAUGGACAGUCAGGCAUGUAUUUUGAUAAGAUUUAGUUAUUAAAUAGCUUCUGAUUAGCACAAAACCUUUUGAUUUUCCAGGAACAGGAAUACACAUUUUCUGCUGUGCCAGACUGUCGCCACUCCUUGAACGGUUUAUCUUUAGAGGACUCUGGCUUGAUUAACAUGGCUACAUUGUCAUAAAAACAGAUUUUGUGUUACACCUGUUCAAUCUAUUUAUAACUGCAAUAAAAGGCGAAAACAUAACCAAAUCUCAGUGUACUUGACAUGCUGUCAUUAGGGCUGUGGGCAUCUCCAAACUUGAGGCACAAGUUUGUGAAAGAUAUUUCUGCAUUUUAGAGUCACAGGAUUUAAUUCUUUACUCUGAAAUCAAUAAAAUGAUCAAAAACUACA